GAAGGAACGAUUGGCCAUCGGUGAUCGGUCCUGUGGGAACAAUGCUCCGUCCUCUCGAGGACGCGUGGUCAAUGGUCUAACCGCUAAGGCAUGCAAAACAUAAGAGUACGCCCCCCCCCCCCCCCCAACAAAAAAACGCAAACAGGUGUUGAGUGGUCUCGACACCUAUAGCACGGCCCUGAUGGGCUCCCUAUCGAACGAGUACCUCGACCUGCCGCUCAUGAGCGUCGCGGGUACCGCUGCGAGGGCGGAGUCUCGAAACGAGACGGAGGGCGGCUACCUGCUCCACACCCAGCCCGGUGUUGUGCCGCAGAUGCAGGUCCUCGUGAGGCUGAUACUGGACAUGAAGCUGGCUCGGGACGCCGUGGACGGGAGGUCGGAGACGACGGAGCGAGUGUGGCUGGUGCACACGAGCGACACCUUCGGCACGAUCGCGACGGCGGCCUUCAACGCCGCCGCUACCACCAUCUCCGUGGCCCUACCCGACACCUCCGACGACGACGAGGACGACGACGACGACGGGAGCGGGGGGGAAGAGCGGGCGACGGUCGAGGUUGCCGGAACUGUGGUGAUAGCCGCAAGCAGCGAAACAAUGUUCGAUUCGGAACUGGCGACGCUGGUUGACAACGAGGCCUCUAUCAUAGUGCUGCUGGCGGAGGGGUUUGACGGCGCCAUCAUCAGGACGGUCCUGUCCCAGGCCAACGAGGCCGGCCUGACGGAGGGGGUGCAGUGGUACCUGCCCAACGUGGCGGCCUUCGACCACGUCUUCGACCGGAACUCCACGUACCGCGACGCGAGCCUCGCCUUCGACAUGCGAGGGGCGCUCGGCGUUCGAGCCUGCACACCCCGCACAGGCAAGAUGGCGCAGGACACGCUCACUUUGGCGAACGUGAACGGCUCGGGACUCCAAGGGAUAGCGCUUGAUAGCUGCCCGUUUCCGAGGAACGGCUCCUGGGCGGACGGCGCCUUGAUGCGCGACUCCCUGCUGUCCGCGUCGGGUACCCUGGUCGGAGCCACGGGGCCCCUGGGCAUGUCGGUCGGGGAGGACGACGACGGGAGGGACGCGGACACGGUCACCUUCUGCGCGGUCAACCUCAAGCCGGACGCCACCCACGGGGCGAGGUUCGAGGUGAUCAGCACGCUGGACGGCGCGACCCUCGAGAGCGAGGACGGCGAGGGCUUCCAGGCCAUCAGCCCGUUCCAGGAGGCGCAGACUUUCCCCGCUGGCGCCCUGACGUACCCGCCCGACCGUCCUAUCCUGCAGGGUCGACAUAUGGAUGUGGUCAUGAGGCGCGACGCCCCGCCGUUUGUGUUUGUGGACGGGGACGGCAGCAGCAUCGACGACUUCACGGGUAUUACGCCGGAGUUCUUGAAGCAACUUGCUGAUGUCGUAGGCUUCACGUACUCGCUUAGGGCACCGCCCGAAGGCACGACAACUCCAGAGACCAUCGAGAUGGUGAGGAACGGGUCGGCGGACAUGACGGGGAGCUGGAUCACGAUCACGUCGGAGCGUGCGGAGUACGUGUCCUUCACGUACCCGUACUUCGACCUGGGCAUCGCGUUCGUCUACCUGCCCACCAUCGACGAAGGAGUGAACUUCUGGAAGGCGUUCGCCCCGUUCGAGGCCAGCCUGUGGUUGAUGCUCCUCGUGUCCCUCGUCGUGACGGUGUUCCUGCUGUGGCUCUUCGAGGGCGCGAAGAACGCCCAGUUCUCCAGGGGCGGCUGGGGCAGGCGCCACAGGACGGUCACAAGGGGUAUUAGCCGUUCGGUUUACGUGACGUCGUCGUUGAUGAUGUCGCAGCUCACGCACAAGCCCGAAACGCUGGAGGGGUAUCUGCUCACCCUCGGCUGGCUGUUCACCUCUUUCGUCCUGGCCGCAUCCUACACCGCAGAGCUCGCCUCGUUCCUGACGGCCUCCAAGCUAGAAACCACGGUGAGGACUCAUCGUCAUCUUAGCCCCCCCCCCACAUAG